CUACUUACCAACCUUCAGAAAUGGCGGCGGCGGCACAGGUUAGCGAGGCGUCGGAGCAGCAAGUGCGCCUUCUCGCUGCCGACGCGACGGGACUCUUGAAGGCCUUGGCUCCACCGAAAAAGGAUGUUGUGGCCAAAGCUCGUACACAGGAUCGGGAAAAGCGCAUCGUCGCCAUGACCGUGUGGCAAGACCAGUUGUUUUGCGGAACAGCCGAUGGACACGUUGAGGUCUAUGAAGAUUGCAACCCCUCUCAAAUGUCCAUUUUCUUGACAGACCUCGAGGGCUUGGUGGACCUUGACGUGAAUGAGAGCUAUGUAGCCGUGGCGCUGCAAAAAGGUCAGGUUAAGGUGUACAAUCAUGAUGGUCUUGAACAGGAGGAUUUUACUGCGCAUACACACGUCAACUGCCUGCGCCUCUCGCGUGAGAAGCCAUCCCUAUUGGCGGUGGGCGGUGAGAAAGCAGAUUUGCGUGUAUGGGAUCUGGAUGACAUUAAGCAGCCCAAGUGGCGCGCCAAAAAUGUGAAGAACGACAAGUUCAACCUGCAGGUUCCCAUUGACAUCCGGGGCAUUCGCUGGGUAAACGCGACUCAACUGAUCACCGUCUCUGCCCACCGCCACGUGCGCCUGUACGAUACCAGUGAAAAGGCUCGCCCUCUGUAUAGCGUCCAAUUCAACGACGCUGCCCUCAGCGCCGUGG